AUGUGUCAGCACGGAUACCUGGCUGGAGACGAGACGCGCAGAGCAUCGACAGCGUACUCGAAAAAGACGUCGUUCCGAGACCCGCUGCUGUCCAUGCGUACGGAUGACGAAGCCGACUGGUGGAAUGCGCGCUCAGUCACUGUCUCGUCCAGGUCAUAUUGGAAGCUUGUUUUCGAGGUCGUGGCUCCAUCUGGAGCAAAACAUCAGUCUGGCGUCAUGAUCGACGACAUCGAAUACACGGACGGAGAAUGCCCGCCAUACAGCGGCGAGUCAAAGUUCGAGGUCGAACGGGCCGGGUCGUUCAGUCCGGUAUCAAAAGAUCACACAACAUCUACCGAAGAUGGUUACUACCUGCUCUACAAGAGUCCAGGUAUCGAGGGUAACCGUACGUCGCUGGAACUCCGCGAGCCAGCGCGCUACGUAGCUUCAUGCGUAUCCCUGUGGUACUUCCUGCCUUCUAUAUCGAACGGAGUCAGCUUGCUGCUCCACUCAAAAAAUGUCACCGGUCGGACAAACACCUGGAACCAGGGCAAGUUUUUCUUUUCUCGAGCAAGGCAAGUUCCCAUUGAGGCAAUCUCCGGAAGUAACGCCGACGGAUUCCUUGCAAUCGACGACGUGCUCAUUGACAAGGCAGGCUGCGAGGAUGCUAGCCAGCGACCGAGCGGGGAGUUCCAGUGCGGCGAUGGUAAGACGGUCCCACGUGACCGCGUGUGCGACUUCGUACCGGACUGCGACAAUCGCGCUGACGAGCGCAGCUGCGGAGAAUGUGACUUCAGCGAAGGCGCGUGCGGCUGGAACCUGGACGACGCCCGAAACCGGGGGGCGACAGCCUGGCAGGUGGUCCCCAUCGGACUAGUUCCCAGGUCACCCCCAAAUGGAGCCGACCACCGCCGCGACGGUAACUAUUUGCUGCUUUAUGGAAACAGCACAAUGACGACGGAACACGGCCGGGCCAGCAUCGAGUCACCGAAGAUUAGAAACACCGGGAAACUGUGUGCCCUCGUGUUUUGGUACAACUUCGACAAAGCCGGAGCUGACCUUGACGUGGACCUGCAUAUGACCGCGGCUGGAUAUACCAUGCCCGUGUGGACCCGCACCGUUUUCGGCAAACCAUCUCUCGAAGGAUCGUGGAACGGAGUGUCCGUCGAUAUCGGGCGCCACAGGGGUGAAGUCAGCUUCGCCUUCGCAACCAACCAGUACCCACAGGGAAAGGCCGUGUUUGCCGUCGAUUCCAUACACUAUGGUGGAUGUGCUCUACCAACUAAGGAGGAGAACUGCAUGGACGAAUUUCAUUUUCACUGUGGCAAUGGCGUUUGUAUCGAUUCGUACGAGCGGUGCAACUACGUCGACGAUUGUGGUGACAAUAGUGAUGAAGAGGAUUGCGGCGAUUAUCGAAUGGGAUGCAACUUCGACUCAUCAUUUUGCGACUGGCUUCCACAAGCGCCAUCACACGGGAAAGGAUUCGGCUGGGAAUUGAGCCCACCUUUGUCACUUCUAUCAAGAGGACCCACCAGAGAUCACACGACGGGCACAAGAGAGGGAAAAUUUAUUAUCCUCCAUUCAAGUUUGUCAGAGAAGAAUGCCACAAUCAUCGGUCCUACUCUCCGUAACGUGGACUACUGCGUCAUCUCGUUUUUUUACAUGGUGCAAGGCGAGAGUAAACCACAGCUCUCUUUAAAUGUGCGAACUACUAACAACGGGCCUUGGAAACAAGUGUGGUCCCAACCUGGGCCGUCGAUUUUCUGGAAUUUCAUCUCUGGAACCGUAGCCUUUACGGAGAAGGUGCCAUUCCAGAUGGCAUUUAUAGGAGAACACAGGAGGUCCGGAAAAUCCGGCUACGUUGCCAUUGAUGACGUCACGUUUUCAGAAGACUGCGAGCGCUACCACAAAGCCCUGCCAGAAGCUUCGACACCAACACCACCAACAUUCACCUGUAAUGCCAGCGAGUACCAGUGCGGUGACAGUGAAGAGUGCAUUCCAAGGACUCAAGUGUGUGACUUCAAAAAUGACUGCUCCAACAAAGCUGAUGAAGCCCAAUGUGGUGCCUGCGACGAGUUCAUGAAAGACUUGUGCGGCCUGGAAAAUGAAGAGCCCAAUGCACGCUUUGGAUGGAAGCGGAUGAUAGCUCGAGAUGCUAAACAGAACCGACUUUUCCCUACCACCGACAGCAAGUUGAACCCGGAUGGAGCCUACGCAGCAUAUUCCCUACUCAACGCUGAUGUGCCAGCGGGGAGCAGCGCCAUAUCAAUGGUGACAGCACCGUUGGGCCAGAUCGCACACUCUUGUGUCGUCAAUUUCUACGCCUAUGUUGCCGACGAUGAACAAGCGAUCUACAAAGCCGUUUCAGCACAGAGUCGCUUCACCGCCACUAAACCUUAA